AUGGCGGGUACUGCCCUGGCGGGCUCAGCUGGCCUGGUCCAACACCUCCGGUCAUUCUUUGCCACCUUCGGCGUACCGGAGGAGCUCUCGAGCAACGGUGGCCCGGAAUUCAAGGCGAGCCACACUGAGGACUUCCUCCGCUUAUGGCACGUCAGACACCGUGUGUCUUCCGUUAGCUUUCCGCAGUCGAAUGGGAGGGCGGAGGUUGCGGUUAAGACUGCUAAGCGCCUCUUGAUGUCCAACACCGGCGCGUCGGGCAGCCUUGAUCAGGACCGCUUCCUGCGCGCUAUGCUGCAGUUGCGUAACACGCCUGACCCCGACUGCGACCUCUCGCCAGCACAGAUCAUCUUCGGCCACCCCCUUCGUGGCUCGCUCUCCUUCAUGAACCGCCUCGAGAAGUUCUCGAACCCGCAUAUUCGCCUGCUAUGGCGCGAGGCAUGGGCGGCGAAGGAGGACGCCCUUCGGACCCGUAUGUCCCGUACCACCGAGUCUCUGGGGACUCACUCGAGGCCGCUCCGCCCAUUGGCACUCGGCGAAAGGGUAUUCCUCCAGAACCAGCAAGGCCCGAGCCCCCACAAAUGGGACAGGUCAGGGAUCGUGGUGGAGUCGCCGCGCCACGACCAGUAUCGGGUCAGGGUUGACGGUUCGGGACGUCUGACACUGCAACCGGCGGUUCCUCCGUGCCUACACGCCAGCCACACCCUGCGCCCGUGA